AUGUUACAUAAAUACAUUCUGUUCGAAACUACCACUCAAGCAUAUCCUUUCGUGUUUGAGUGUAGUCAGGCAACAGGAUAUUACGGCAGGAAGCUGGCGGGGGUCGUGCGGGGGAGUGUUGAGGCAGGAGGGGUGCAUCGAGGGAUGCAAGAGAUAAAAGCGAACUGCAGUUAUAGAGUAGUUGCAAGCUUGUCUUCGGUCAAUUUGAGUUCUACUUGUAGAUAUAACGUUCAAGCCGAAUCUAUAGUUUUUAGAUUUUUUGUCUGUCUUUCUGUCUGUCUAUCUGCCUGCCUGCCUGCCUGCCUGCCUGCCUGCCUGCCUGCCUGCCUGCCUGCCUGCCUGCCUGCCUGCCUGCCUGCCUGCCUGCCUGCCUGCCUGCCUGCCUGCCUGCCUGCCUGCCUGCCUGCCUGCCUGCCUGCCUGCCUGCCUGCCUGCCUGCCUGCCUGCCUGCCUGCCUGCCUGCCUGCCUGCCUGCCUGCCUGCCUGCCUGCCUGCCUGCCUGCCUGCCUGCCUGCCUGCCUGCCUGCCUGCCUGCCUGCCUGCCUGCCUGCCUGCCUGCCUGCCUGCCUGCCUGCCUGCCUGCCUGCCUGCCUGCCUGCCUGCCUGCCUGCCUGCCUGCCUGCCUGCCUGCCUGCCUGCCUGCCUGCCUGCCUGCCUGCCUGCCUGCCUGCCUGCCUGCCUGCCUGCCUGCCUGCCUGCCUGCCUGCCUGCCUGCCUGCCUGCCUGCCUGCCUGCCUGCCUGCCUGCCUGCCUGCCUGCCUGCCUGCCUGCCUGCCUGCCUGCCUGCCUGCCUGCCUGCCUGCCUGCCUGCCUGCCUGCCUGCCUGCCUGCCUGCCUGCCUGCCUGCCUGCCUGCCUGCCUGCCUGCCUGCCUGCCUGCCUGCCUGCCUGCCUGCCUGCCUGCCUGCCUGCCUGCCUGCCUGCCUGCCUGCCUGCCUGCCUGCCUGCCUGCCUGCCUGCCUGCCUGCCUGCCUGCCUGCCUGCCUGCCUGCCUGCCUGCCUGCCUGCCUGCCUGCCUGCCUGCCUGCCUGCCUGCCUGCCUGCCUGCCUGCCUGCCUGCCUGCCUGCCUGCCUGCCUGCCUGCCUGCCUGCCUGCCUGCCUGCCUGCCUGCCUGCCUGCCUGCCUGCCUGCCUGCCUGCCUGCCUGCCUGCCUGCCUGCCUGCCUGCCUGCCUGCCGCCUGCCUGCCUGCCUGCCCUGCCUGCCUGCCUGCCUGCCUGCCUGCCUGCCUGCCUGCCUGCCUGCCUGCCCUGCCUGCCUGCCUGCCUGCCUGCCUGCCUGCCUGCCUGCCUGCCUGCCUGCCUGCCUGCCUGCCUGCCUGCCUGCCUGCCUGCCUGCCUGCCUGCCUGCCUGCCUGCCUGCCUGCCUGCCUGCCUGCUGCCUGCCUGCCUGCCUGCCUGCCUGCCUGCCUGCCUGCCUGCCUGCCUGCCUGCCUGCCUGCCUGCCUGCCUGCCUGCCUGCCUGCCUGCCUGCCUGCCUGCCUGCCUGCCUGCCUGCCUGCCUGCCUGCCUGCCUGCCUGCCUGCCUGCCUGCCUGCCUGCCUGCCUGCCUGCCUGCCUGCCUGCCUGCCUGCCUGCCUGCCUGCCUGCCUGCCUGCCUGCCUGCCUGCCUGCCUGCUGCCUGCCUGCCUGCCUGCCUGCCUGCCUGCCUGCCUGCCUGCCUGCCUGCCUGCCUGCCUGCCUGCCUGCCUGCCUGCCUGCCUGCCUGCCUGCCUGCCUGCCUGCCUGCCUGCCUGCCUGCCUGCCUGCCUGCCUGCCUGCCUGCCUGCCUGCCUGCCUGCCUGCCUGCCUGCCUGCCUGCCUGCCUGCCUGCCUGCCUGCCUGCCUGCCUGCCUGCCUGCCUGCCUGCCUGCCUGCCUGCCUGCCUGCCUGCCUGCCUGCCUGCCUGCCUGCCUGCCUGCCUGCCUGCCUGCCUGCCUGCCUGCCUGCCUGCCUGCCUGCCUGCCUGCCUGCCUGCCUGCCUGCCUGCCUGCCUGCCUGCCUGCCUGCCUGCCUGCCUGCCUGCCUGCCUGCCUGCCUGCCUGCCUGCCUGCCUGCCUGCCUGCCUGCCUGCCUGCCUGCCUGCCUGCCUGCCUGCCUGCCUGCCUGCCUGCCUGCCUGCCUGCCUGCCUGCCUGCCUGCCUGCCUGCCUGCCUGCCUGCCUGCCUGCCUGCCUGCCUGCCUGCCUGCCUGCCUGCCUGCCUGCCUGCCUGCCUGCCUGCCUGCCUGCCUGCCUGCCUGCCUGACUGCCUGCCUGCCUGCCUGCCUGCCUGCCUGCCUGCCUGCCUGCCUGCCUGCCUGCCUGCCUGCCUGCCUGCCUGCCUGCCUGCCUGCCUGCCUGCCUGCCUGCCUGCCUGCCUGCCUGCCUGCCUGCCUGCCUGCCUGCCUGCCUGCCUGCCUGCCUGCCUGCCUGCCUGCCUGCCUGCCUGCCUGCCUGCCUGCCUGCCUGCCUGCCUGCCUGCCUGCCUGCCUGCCUGCCUGCCUGCCUGCCUGCCUGCCUGCCUGCCUGCCUGCCUGCCUGCCUGCCUGCCUGCCUGCCUGCCUGCCUGCCUGCCUGCCUGCCUGCCUGCCUGCCUGCCUGCCUGCCUGCCUGCCUGCCUGCCUGCCUGCCUGCGCCUGCCUGCCUGCCUGCCUGCCUGCCUGCCUGCCUGCCUGCCUGCCUGCCUGCCUGCCUGCCUGCCUGCCUGCCUGCCUGCCUGCCUGCCUGCCUGCCUGCCUGCCUGCCUGCCUGCCUGCCUGCCUGCCUGCCUGCCUGCCUGCCUGCCUGCCUGCCUGCCUGCCUGCCUGCCUGCCUGCCUGCUGCCUGCCUGCCUGCCUGCCUGCCUGCCUGCCUGCCUGCCUGCCUGCCUGCCUGCCUGCCUGCCUGCCUGCCUGCCUGCCUGCCUGCCUGCCUGCCUGCCUGCCUGCCUGCCUGCCUGCCUGCCUGCCUGCCUGCCUGCCUGCCUGCCUGCCUGCCUGCCUGCCUGCCUGCCUGCCUGCCUGCCUGCCUGCCUGCCUGCCUGCCUGCCUGCCUGCCUGCCUGCCUGCCUGCCUGCCUGCCUGCCUGCCUGCCUGCCUGCCUGCCUGCCUGCCUGCCUGCCUGCCUGCCUGCCUGCCUGCCUGCCUGCCUGCCUGCCUGCCUGCCUGCCUGCCUGCCUGCCUGCCUGCCUGCCUGCCUGCCUGCCUGCCUGCCUGCCUGCCUGCCUCUGCCUGCCUGCCUGCCUGCCUGCCUGCCUGCCUGCCUGCCUGCCUGCCUGCCUGCCUGCCUGCCUGCCUGCCUGCCUGCCUGCCUGCCUGCCUGCCUGCCUGCCUGCCUGCCUGCCUGCCUGCCUGCCUGCCUGCCUGCCUGCCUGCCUGCCUGCCUGCCUGCCUGCCUGCCUGCCUGCCUGCCUGCCUGCCUGCCCUGCCUGCCUGCCUGCCUGCCUGCCUGCCUGCCUGCCUGCCUGCCUGCCUGCCUGCCUGCCUGCCUGCCUGCCUGCCUGCCUGCCUGCCUGCCUGCCUGCCUGCCUGCCUGCCUGCCUGCCUGCCUGCCUGCCUGCCUGCCUGCCUGCCUGCCUGCCUGCCUGCCUGCCUGCCUGCCUGCCUGCCUGCCUGCCUGCCUGCCUGCCCUGCCUGCCUGCCUGCCUGCCUGCCUGCCUGCCUGCCUGCCUGCCUGCCUGCCUGCCUGCCUGCCUGCCUGCCUGCCUGCCUGCCUGCCUGCCUGCCUGCCUGCCUGCCUCCCGCCUGCCUGCCUGCCUGCCUGCCUGCCUGCCUGCCUGCCUGCCUGCCUGCCUGCCUGCCUGCCUGCCUGCCUGCCUGCCUGCCUGCCUGCCUGCCUGCCUGCCUGCCUGCCUGCCUGCCUGCCUGCCUGCCUGCCUGCCUGCCUGCCUGCCUGCCUGCCUGCCUGCUGCCUGCCUGCCUGCCUGCCUGCCUGCCUGCCUGCCUGCCUGCCUGCCUGCCUGCCUGCCUGCCUGCCUGCCUGCCUGCCUGCCUGCCUGCCUGCCUGCCUGCCUGCCUGCCUGCCUGCCUGCCUGCCUGCCUGCCUGCCUGCCUGCCUGCCUGCCUGCCUGCCUGCCUGCCUGCCUGCCUGCCUGCCUGCCUGCCUGCCUGCCUGCCUGCCUGCCUGCCUGCCUGCCUGCCUGCCUGCCUGCCUGCCUGCCUGCCUGCCUGCCUGCCUGCCUGCCUGCCUGCCUGCUGCCUGCCUGCCUGCCUGCCUGCCUGCCUGCCUGCCUGCCUGCCUGCCUGCCUGCCCUGCCUGCCUGCCUGCCUGCCUGCCUGCCUGCCUGCCUGCCUGCCUGCCUGCCUGCCUGCCUGCCUGCCUGCCUGCCUGCCUGCCUGCCUGCCUGCCUGCCUGCCUGCCUGCCUGCCUGCCUGCCUGCCUGCCUGCCUGCCUGCCUGCCUGCCUGCCUGCCUGCCUGCCUGCCUGCCUGCCUGCCUGCCUGCCUGCUGCCUGCCUGCCUGCCUGCCUGCCUGCCUGCCUGCCUGCCUGCCUGCCUGCCUGCCUGCCUGCCUGCCUGCCUGCCUGCCUGCCUGCCUGCCUGCCUGCCUGCCUGCCUGCCUGCCUGCCUGCCUGCCUGCCUGCCUGCCUGCCUGCCUGCCUGCCUGCCUGCCUGCCUGCCUGCCUGCCUGCCUGCCUGCCUGCGUGCCUGCCUGCCUGCCUGCCUGCCUGCCUGCCUGCCUGCCUGCCUGCCUGCCUGCCUGCCUGCCUGCCUGCCUGCCUGCCUGCCUGCCUGCCUGCCUGCCUGCCUGCCUGCCUGCCUGCCUGCCUGCCUGCCUGCCUGCCUGCCUGCCUGCCUGCCUGCCUGCCUGCCUGCCUGCCUGCCUGCCUGCCUGCCUGCCUGCCUGCCUGCCUGCCUGCCUGCCUGCCUGCCUGCCUGCCUGCCUGCCUGCCUGCCUGCCUGCCUGCCUGCCUGCCUGCCUGCCUGCCUGCCUGCCUGCCUGCCUGCUGCCUGCCUGCUGCCUGCCUGCCUGCCUGCCUGCCUGCCUGCCUGCCUGCCUGCCUGCCUGCCUGCCUGCCUGCCUGCCUGCCUGCCUGCCUGCCUGCCUGCCUGCCUGCCUGCCUGCUGCCUGCCUGUGCCUGUGCCUUGUAAUCGAAGAGAUGACUCAUUUAAAUUAAAUAUACUGACGCGAAGAUCGAGUUCGUGUAAUGGACACCAUCAGCGUAAUGCAUUAGAGGUGGGUCGUGGGGGAUACAAGCCAUCAAUCACCGGCGCCAUCGAUCACGAUUGCAGUAGAAAGCAAGUACAGAACUGCUCUAACCACAGUGCUCUUACCGUGAGAAAAGCGCUUCCCGUGGCCGCAGGUUGCGGGCAGCUGAUU